AGUGACGUCACGGCGGGGGCGGGCUCUGCCCACAGGUGAGCGGCCACACAGGUGUAAGGUGGGGAAAUGUGCGUCCUGAAAAACAAGUUAAACUCUUCCGUGCCGUUACUUGAGCUCCAAUCUCUCCUUCGGCAUGGCCCACAACUGCGUGGGGAAGUGUGCGCCGUUAUUUUUCCUCGCCAUAGUCUUUGACGUCGUGGGUCUGGCUGUGCUCCUGGUUGGGAUUUUCGCCAAUCUGCACCUGGACGGCCAGUUCUAUGGGGAUUUCCUCGUCUACACGGGCUCGCUCAUUAUUUUCCUCAGCCUGGUCUGGUGGCUUUUGUGGUACACCGGGAACAUCCAGGUGUACGCGGAGGACGUGGACACCAGGAGCGCGCUGGACAUCAACUUUACGCACUGGGCCAGGAAACUGUCCGAGCGGCUCUCCAAAAGCGGGAUGAAUCCUCUGGAGGCAGGGGAGAAGAAGAGCAUGGGGAACGGGGUGGCGAUAAAUGGGACGCUGCCCGUUCACACACCGUCUCGGAUUACGUGGGAAAACAGCAGCGCCCUGUCGGGUCACGACAACAAGGGAUAUGAUGGAGCCGGUGACAGCAGCGCUCCCUGUGACAAAACCGUGGAGCUGGGGGUUUUGAAGAGCUCAGACGUGGCUCUGCAGACGGCGGAUGACAAAGCAGAAAGGCUUCUCUGACGGGAGCUGGUGAAGGUCUGACUUUCUGGUUUUAAAGGAUGGACUUUCUCCUUGGACUGCUGUCCCCAAAAAUAUCCAAAAGACUGAAAACUUUUAGCCUGUGAACUGCAGACACUUUCAUUAGACUGUUUCUCAUUCAGGGAAAAGCCCUGCACCCACAUGAAGAAAGAAGGGCUUGUGCACAGAGGAAGAAAAGGUCUUAAAUGAACAAUGUACAUAGCGAGAUUUCUAUUUUUAUGUGUCCACUUUGUGACAGAUGUGAAUUAUUUUUCUUUGAAUAAAGUUUUCACAGAAAAG